AUGAGGUACAUCCACACCUUGUACCUUGGAGCUCAGAGCCGGUGGCAGAGCAGCAGACCCCGGAGACACUUCCACUGGAGGCUGAUGUUCGAGAGCGCUGACAUCACCAUGCUCCGCCUCCUGGAAGCGUUCCUCAAGUCGGCUCCUCAGCUCGUGCUGCAGCUCAGCAUCAUGAUCCACGGCAACAAUGUGCUGCCGCUGCAAGGUCUGUCGGCCUCUGCCUCACUGGUCUCGCUGGCCUGGAUGAUCGCCUCGUACCAGAAGGUGCUCAGAGACUCGCGCGACGAUAAGCUGAACAUGUCGUACAAGGCGGUGAUCGCGCAGAUGCUGUGGCACUUCUUUACCAUCGGCGCUCGGACCGUGGCCUUCGCGCUCUUCGCCUCCGUCUUCCAGCUCUACUUUGGCAUCUUUAUCGUCAGCCACUGGUGCGUCAUGACCUUCUGGAUCAUCCAAGGCGAGACCGACUUCUGCAUGUCCAAGUGGGAGGAGAUCAUCUACAACAUGGUGGUGGGCAUCAUCUACAUCUUCUGCUGGUUCAACGUCAAGGAGGGCCCCAGCCGCUUCCGCAUGACCGUCUACUACUCCGUCACCCUGGCCGAGAACGUGGCUCUCACCGCCGCCUGGUACACCUACCGCGGGCCUCACACUUCUGACUCCUCCGCCCUGGUUGUGGUCUGCCUGGUCGCCUGCAGUUUUGCGUUGGGGACCUUCUUCAUGCUGGUGUACUACUGCUGGCUCCACCCGGAUGGCCCUGUGAUUGGCUCUCAGUGGGGAACGUGCGUGGAUGAAGGUGUGGUUGGUGCUGGUGGAGUCGCCGGUGUCAUUGACGCUUGCCUCACCCCUUCGCAAGGCUCCCAGACGGACAUGGUCAUCACAAGCCCGCCAAGAACUUUGCCCAGAACUAAGGGGGACUCCGGGGAACCCACUCCAGGCGAUCGGGACAGUUGCUUGCCCGUGUUUCAGGUGCGACCUUCUCCUGCGUCAUCUCCGGCUUUGCUUCAUCGGAGCUCGUCUGCAUCUCGCCAGGAGGGUCCGGUGAUUCGGAUUGACCUCCCCAGGAAGCGCUACCCGGCCUGGGACGCGCACUUCAUCGACAGGCGGUUGCGGAAAACCAUUCUGAUCCUGGAGACGACGUCCGCGGUUAGCCCAAGGAUUCAGUAUCGGAGUAGCUUGAUGGGCAGCAAAGAGGUCUUAGAGUACGAGACGACAGUUUAA